CAACACUGGGCGGGGCAUCGAAUAACGAAUGUGAUGUUUGUGGUUUGUGAGUCGGUUUCAUUAAUAAAAAUUUUAUUUAGAAAUAUAAGAUAAACGUUUAAACCGACAUUUUAGAAAUAACUUUUGUAUAAGCAUAUAGACUGAAUGUUUUCUUGUGCGGUGAUUGUCAUGCAUUUUAUAUAGUGAUAAACAAAACUUUAACAUGAAACGGUUAUUGUUUCUAGUGGUUUAUGUGUCGUGUCAAGGCUUAGAGCCUCCUUAUAAUCCCAAUUUUCAGAAACCAUAUCAACCAGACACAUAUCAGAACGGAACUUCAUAUCGUCCACCUAUACAGGUUCCCUAUGGCAGUUUUCCUGUUAAUGCGAAUGAACACACGUUCCAGAGUUCAUUUUAUCAUGACAGUGGCAAUUCGGACACCUACGGAGAUGGCGAUAAUGAAGUAGAUCCUCAAAACACGGCUUCAUAUUACGCGGGCUUAGAUUACGAAGAGCGAUAUAAGUGUCCCCCUAAUUGGAUUCGUUAUAGAGAGUCGUGUUACCGAUUUACAAAAUCUCCGAAUAGGCCGCGUAAUGAAGGUCGAAAAAUAUGCCAAGCUUUUGAAGCAGACUUAGUGUCUGUGAAUAGCCCUGAAGAACAUGGCUUUAUAAUCACUACACUUAUGCGUAUAGAUCCACAACGUGGCUCUUGGUACGUGGGUGCUCAUCAGCAAUCACCAGGCUAUUGGGCAAAUGAUGGUGAUGGAUCCCAAUUGUCUGGUUUGGAUAAUGCAUUUUUUGAAGAUCGCAAGUUGACUUAUAUGAGCUAUAAUUUAUUGCCUAGAGACUAUUUAGUAUAUCGAUUUUCCCAAGAAGAUGGAAGGUGGGGUUUAGCCCCUGUAGAAGGUACUCAGUAUUUCCACUUUAUUUGUGAAGGACAAACUCAGCGCUUGCAUUAUUUAAUUGAAGAGAAAAGAUCUUUUACUUAUGGAUUAGACACAUUUGACCCAGAAAGAAUUCCAAGAGGACCAUAUUUUAUUCAAGAGCCAGAAGAUACCAUUUAUGAUCCACUUCGUAACCACCAUGUACAGUUGUCAUGUAUUGCUGGAGGGUACCCUUCACCCUCUUAUAGGUGGUUUAGAGAAGACUAUCAGGUGGACAGCCCAAUUUUUACUGAAAUAGAUCCACUUUCUGACUCAAGAUUUAUCCUGAGUGGAGGAUCAAUCAUAAUUUACAAUCCAGAUGCUGACAAAGAUAACGCCAAGUAUCAUUGUACAGCAACAAAUAAAUUUGGUACAAUAAGAUCUGAAUCGGUGAGAUUGUCUUUUGGGUUUAUACGAGAGUUUAACCAAAAAAGAUCAGUGGAGAGUGGUAAACAAUAUUGGGGAAAAGUUAUGUAUUGUGAUCCCCCAUCUUAUUACCCAUCAGUUAAUUUCUUAUGGGCUAGGAAUUACUUUCCUAACCUUGUAGAGGAAGAUAGAAGAGUUUUUGUGUCAUAUGAUGGUGGACUUUAUUUUUCUGCAUUAGAAACUAUUGAUAGAGGGAACUACAGCUGUAAUGUUAUGAGUAAAGUGUCAGAUGCAGGCAGAAAUGGUCCAUUCUUUCAACUCCUUGUUUAUCCUCAUUCUGAUUACCAGCAAUUAAAAUUUCCAAAUAAUUUUCCUAAAGUAUUUCCUGAAGCACCUGUAGUAGGCCAAGAAGUGAGAUUAGAAUGUGUAUCAUUUGGUUAUCCAGUGCCAUCUUACAAUUGGACCAGAAAAAAUGGGCCUAUGCCCAAAAAGGCAUAUUUGAGUAAUUUUGAUAGGGUAUUAACAAUACCUAAAGUAGCUGUUGAGGAUGAAGGUGAAUACAUUUGUGAUGUGCGUAAUGAUAGAGCUCAUAUACUAAACAAUGUAUUUUUAAAAGUACAAGCAGAACCAAAUUUCACAAUACCCCUUGCUGAUAAACAUAUGGAUAACAAAGGUGAUCUGCAUUGGAAUUGUGAAGCAUUUGGUAUUCCAGAUGUGAAUUAUACUUGGUGGAGAAAUGGAGAGAAACUGUCAACAGAUGCAUUAGAAUUACAAGAUAAGGAUAGGUAUAUAAUACAAGACAAUGUUUUGAUCAUCAAAUAUUUGGAUCCAAGUAGAGAUCCUGGUAUGUAUCAAUGUGAAGCAAAGAAUCAACUGAAAGCCCGGUUUUCAUCAGGACAAUUACGAGUUUUGUCUUUAAAGCCAUCUUUUAAGAAACGACCUUUAGAGAGUGAGACAUACGGAUCUGAAGGAGGCAAUGUUACCUUGAAAUGUUACCCGGAAGCAGCUCCUAAACCAACAUUCACAUGGAAAAAAGAUAACAUCGUCAUAGGUGCUGGAGGGAAAAGAUUUAUAACUGAAACUGGGAAUCUCAUAAUAAGACAACUUUCAAGAGAUGACGAAGGUGUUUAUACAUGUGUAGCGAAAAAUCAAUAUGGAUCAGAUGAAAGUCGCGGACGCCUCAUUGUUUUGAGAGCCCCACGAUUUAUUGAGAAAUUACCACCUAGAAUAACUACAGAAGUUGGUAAAACUGUAUUCUUACAUUGCAGUGCAGAUAUUGAUCCCUUGUUAGACACAGCAUAUCUCUGGAACCAUAACGCCAUUCGUAUGAAGCAAGCUUCAGAUAUCUAUGCAGAUAAACGAAUUAAAAUAGAUGGUGGCGAAAUGACUAUAUAUGACGUCAGCCUAUCUGACGUUGGCGAAUAUGAAUGUGUCGUUAAAUCUGCGAUUGGACGGAUAUCAUCGCGUAUGCAAUUACGCAUAGAAGGUCCGCCCGGUCCUGCCGGGGGAUUGCAAGUGUUGAACAUUCAACGGUCUUCUGUGACUUUAGAAUGGACAGACAGUAAUCCAAACGGUCGUCCAAUUACAAGCUACGUUAUCACUGGUCGCACACAAUGGAACUCUUCUUGGUAUGCGAUCAAUGAUAAUGUUGUGAACGUCAUGGAGAUUGAUAGGUAUAAUGGACGAAAACGAGCAGUUAUAUCAACAACAUUGCUACCUUGGUCCGUGUAUGAAUUUAGAGUGCAAGCUGUAAACAGUUUAGGUAUUGGUGAGCCAUCUUCGCCAAGCCCUCAAUUUUCGACGCAAGCUGAUAAACCCUACCAAGCUCCAAUGAAUAUUGGAGGCGGCGGGGGUAAAAUUGGGGAUCUUACAAUUACUUGGACUCCGCUACUCCCAGCUCUGCAAAAUGGACCUGGAAUUCACUAUAAAAUAUUUUGGAGGCGAAAUGGUUCCGAGGUUGAAUUUCAAUCGCUACUGCUUAAGGAAUUUGGAAAUAUUGGAAUGCAUAUAGUCCAUAUCUCUUUGGAUUAUUUCUUUACGCCUUAUAAUGUAAAAUUACAGUCAUUCAACGAUCUAGGUUCUGGACCAGAGAGUGAGAUAGUUACCAUAUACUCUGCAGAAGAUAUGCCACAAGUUGCGCCGCAAUUCGUAAAAUCACAUUCGUUCAACUCCACCGCUCUUAAUGUAACAUGGAACCCGAUUGAUCAAUCCCGAGACAGACUUCGAGGCAAGUUGAUCGGACAUCGUCUGAAGUACUGGAAGCAGGAGAACAAAGAGGAAGAAUGUAUCUAUUACCUAUCAAGGACGACACGUAACUGGGCUCUUAUUGUGGGCUUGCAACCUGACACUUACUACUUCGUAAAGGUGAUGGCAUUCAAUUCGGCGGGUGAAGGGCCAGAAAGUGAGCGAUACUUAGAGAGAACAUACAGAAAGGCUCCCCAGAAGCCUCCAGCCUCUGUCAACGUUUGGGCUGUAAACCCGAGCACUGUUCGUGUUGUAUGGAGAUACGUACAACCCACGUCUGAAGAAGAACCUCUUCUAGGGUAUAAGGUACGAGUUUGGGAGAGCGAUCAAGACAUGAGUGUAGCUAACGACACCUUAAUACCAGUGGAUCACAAAUUAGAAGCUUAUGUCACUGGCCUUACUCCAGGAAAAACUUAUAACCUUCGAGUGCUGGCGUAUUCCAAUGGAGGUGAUGGAAGAAUGUCUUCCCCGGCUAUAACAUUCCAAAUGGGCGAUUACCACAGUGACGCAUACGGCUAUUACGUAAGAGGAACAGGAAACAUACACACUCCUCUUAAAUCCAUUCUAAUUCUAAUAACUCUCUAUAUUAUAAUAUGAAUCUCAGAAAUAUCACGCCUACACGGAAAUUUGGAUGGGCAGGCAAAUUUACACAUUCCCAGAAUAAAAUUUUUGUUAUUUUGAAUUUUACAUCCAGUUAACUAUUAAUGUUAGUUUAGGGACAAAAAAGAUUUAUGCUAAAACCAGUUUCGCAAUAUUUGAAACAACUCAACAAAGACAACAAUGUUUAUAUAUUUUUAAUAUUUAGAGUUAACGUAAUGUCUAGGUUAGUGACUAUCAUAGCAGCUUUUUCAAUAUAUUUUUUAUACUUUUACACUUGUAUAAAUGUAAUAAUUCAUUUUGUAUGGUGAUAUCAUGUCCGGCCAUUUUGUUUUACGGUUUAUUAUUUUACAUCACUUAAUUUUAAAUUUUUACUCAUAUUUAUAUACUGUUUUGUUAUUUUUAUGCUUAUAAUUGUAACUAGACAAUAACGUCUGUAGAUAUAUUUAGUUUGUAUUAACAAUGAAGCAAUCUCAUACGUAUAAUUUGUAUUCAAUGUGAAUCCGAGCCAUUUUUUAAUAUUUAGAUAAGUAAUGUAAAGACUAUUAUGUACAGUAUGUAUUAAAUUUAUGCACAGUACAAAAUCAAUGGCAGCGCCAAUUAACCAAUGAAUUUAAACAUUUUUUACAUACAACAGCUCUUUGAAAUGUACUAGUUAUUUGUGAUGUUCAUGACAGUUAAUACUUCUAUGCUUUUAAGUAUCAAUUUUAAGGCCUAGUGAAAAUACUGCCUUAACAUUGUUAAAUAUGUAAGAUCAUUUAUUUUUAAUAAAAUCUUUUAAAUGAAA